CCUGCCCUAUCUAUCUACCCUGUUCAUGAGUAAUUCAAGAAAAAAAAAAGGACACCUUUUCUAGCUAGUUCUUCAUCCUUUCGCAGCAAAGAGUUUUUACAUCUCUAGCUACUAGUUGUUCUCUUCUCUACAUGAAAUUUUUUCUACUUCUGAUUGCACCCUUUACAUAGCUGUGGGGGGAAAUCCAAUUUGAGCACCCAUGCCUUAUGUUGAUUUUAACAAAAUUCGUCCAUGUAUCGAUAUGUUCAUAACUUGGCCAUUUCUGUUCUUCUUCUUCUUCUUCUUCUUCUUCAGUUUCCUCUUGUGCAGAAGAAGGAGAAACAAAAGAACACAGAAAUUAAAUUAAACUCGAUCAGGAAGGUAUAGCAGGCAUGGGGCGCGGCAAGAUCGAGAUCAAGAGGAUCGAGAACGCGACGAACAGGCAGGUGACAUUCUCGAAGAGGCGGGGAGGGCUACUGAAGAAGGCGAACGAGCUCGCCGUGCUCUGCGACGCCCGCGUCGGCGUCGUCAUCUUCUCCAGCACCGGCAAGAUGUUCGAGUACUGCAGCCCUACCUGCAGUUUGAGGGAACUCAUCGAGCAUUACCAGACCGUCACCAACACUCAUUUCGAGGAGAUCAACCACGAUCAGCAAAUAUUUGUGGAGAUGACUCGGAUGAGGAACGAGAUGGAGAAGCUGGACGGUGGCAUCAGGAGGUUCACCGGCGACGACCUCUCCAACCUCACGCUCGCCGACAUCAACGAUCUCGAGCAGCAGCUCGAAUUCUCCGUCACCAAAGUCCGUGCGAGAAAGCAUCAGCUCCUGAACCAGCAGCUGGACAACCUUCGUCGCAAGGAGCACAUCCUGGAAGACCAGAACAGCUUCCUGUGCCGCAUGAUCAACGAGAACCAUCAUCAGGCGGCGGUGGGCGGCGGCGACGUGAAGGCGAUGGUGGAGAUGGCGCCGGUGCUGUCGAUGCUGACGGCGGCGCCGGCGUACUACGGCGAGGAGUCGUCGAGCACCGCGCUGCAGCUCACCCCGCCGCUGCACGCCGUCGACGCCGCCGCCGCCGCCGGGUUCCGGCUGCAGCCGACGCAGCCCAACCUGCAGGACCCCGGCUGCAGCAGCAGCAGCUUCCAUGCCGCCGCCGCCGGCCACGGCCUGCAGCUGUGGUAAGAACAAACGAAGCAAAGCAUACAUGGCACAUCCUGAUACUCUCAUCAGAGAUCUAGAUGAUUGCUUGCUAAUUAAGCACAUGAUGGCAUUGUCGAUUCUGGGAGCUAGGAGUAACUUGGAGACCAUGAAGAUGCAUGAUCAGCUGAUGAUAGACGAUCGAGUUGGGUUGCUGUGUUGUUCAAUUGUUCAUCGUUCUGGACAUAUAUAUAUAUAUAUAUGUGUGUGUGUGUGUGUGUGUGUGUGUGUGUGUGUGUGUGUGUGUCUAAUUAGCACAUCAGAAUAAUCAAGCUUUUCUACCUAGUUAACUAGUACAGCUGCUAAGUACCUUUUGAUUUGUUGGUGUGUGAACUACUGAACUGGAGUUGGAUAUUAAGGUCUCCAUGCAUUUGCAUGGUUAAUUAGCAGAGAGAUCAUUGAGGUUUUUAGGAUGUAACACAACGACAAAGCUUAAUUAAUUUACUUGAGGAUUAAUGCCA